AAUGAGUUGAGGGGAAGAGGAGAGAAACGGAACAGACUCCAAAGAUAAAAACCAGCAAAAUCCAACAUCUUCUUAAUUGGACUCGGAAUUAGAGCAAUAACUUGCAGAAGCAAGGAUCUGGGUUCCUGUUUAUUUGCAGAAAUUCAUCUGUUUAAUCUCAAAUUUUCUUCCUUUUCCAUUUCUUGUUUCUCCGGGAUUGAAUUUUCCAUUAUUGGUUUUUCUGGAGUGGAUUUUGUUUGGAUUUCUCUGUUGCGGUUAUAGAUCUUUGGGGUGAGUCUUUGAUUCUUUGAAACUGGAUUUUCAUUUCUGUUCUUGUUUCUCCUCUCAUGGAUCUUCUUCCAGUUCUUUCAGUUUUGAAAAUCCCAAGUGGGUCUCUAUAAAAACUCCAUUUCCCUUCUCUUUUUCAACUCCGAUUUCUUCAUUUCUCUGGUUUUCACUUCUGGGUCUUUCGAUUCCCCCUGUAAACUCAGAUGGGUUCCCCAAAAUUUCAAUUUCUUUGUCCUAAUUCUGCUUAAAUUUUCCCAGUUUUUAGAUUUUCAGUUCUGGUUCUCGCUAGAGCCAAAAUUAGAAAGCCCAACGGAGAUGGUUUCAACUAAGAUUUCUUUCUUCUCUUCGAUUUUGUGUGUAAAAAUUUCUAUCUUUUUCUUGACUCCUGAUUUGUUUUGCGGUGGAAUAGAUGGAUAAAGAAGAGAAUAAUCUGAGAACAUGUAAAUCUCUGGAGCCAGAGAUUUUUCUACAGUGGGGAAACAGGAAGAGACUAAGAUGUGUUAGAGUCAAAGACCCUCAAAUCUCACAGAAAUCUAGCGGUGUAAUUCGAAGGAGAAUCGCAUCUCGCUUCUUUGACAGAGAAUUCUCUCCCAUCUCUCAAUCGAAUAAUCGACUCACCAGGAACUCAGAAGGGGCUGUGCUCCGGUCAGGCGGAGGAGACAACCGGAAAGCUUCAUCCUUGUCACCGGAGAAGGAGGAUAGGUACUACACAACGAGAGGAUCAGCUUUGGGGAUGCUGGAUGAGAAUGGGAAGGUGUCAGUUGAGAGCAACCACGGAGAGGAAAGCAAAGCGCAUGUUUGGCCUAAGCUUUAUAUAACUUUAUCAAGCAAAGAGAAAGAGGAGGAUUUCAUGGCGAUGAAGGGGUGCAAACCUCCUCAAAGGCCUAAAAAGAGAGCCAAAAUCAUCCAAAGGAGCUUACUUUUGGUGAGCCCUGGGGCAUGGUUGACUGAUAUGUGCCAAGAGAGGUAUGAAGUUAGGGAAAAGAAAAGUUCUAAGAAGAGAGCAAGAGGAUUGAAGGCCAUGGGGAGUAUGGACAGUGAUUCAGAAUAGCAGAUGUUAUAAGAUUCAGCAGAAGCUUUGGAUUUUUUCUUUUUCUUCCUUUUUCCUUUUUGGAAUUUGAUGGGUAUGAAUGAAGUGGGUAGAGUUGAUCUUUGAGGAGAAAAUUGAAAAUAGAAAGGAAACCAAAGGUCUCUGCUAUGUUUGUUUGUUUGUUUGAUGUAUAUAUAAGUAAAAUUUCCUUUCUUUGAAAUGAAAAUUAUUAGUUUUC